GCUUUAUCGUUUGCUGUAGGUAGAUAUUUCUGAUAUCUUCGAGUUUUUUUUUCUUAUUAAUAGUUUGUACUAAUUACCAUGUAAACACAAAGAAAUAUGUGAUAUUUACGAACAAUUCAGUGUUGUAAUUUAAAAAACUGUGCAUCGUAAACUACAUAAAUUGAACAAUUUGAUUAUCCAGUGGCGUAACAUCAUACCAGAAAAACUUGACGUAGAUAUUAGCGAGCAUUUACCCAUUAUAGUCUCUGCAGCAGGAAUACUUACUAUAUGCUUGGCAUAUCCUAUAUACUCAAAGGAAUGGUUAAAAACUCUACGAUUGCUUACAGAUUAUGAAAUGUUUGGUAAACCGCCUAAAAUCGAUGAGACAAUUAAAUUCUGUAAUCGACUGGCGAUUGUAGCAACCAUAUUUUUUUUUCAAUGUGUAUUUCUAUAUGAAACUGCAGCUCUUUAUGGAAGUAGAAGUUGUCUGAAGCUAGCUGAAGAGAAAGGUUUGCAUAUUAAUUGCUUAACAAUGUUUCCUGUGUGGCUACCUUUUGAGGCUGACGUAUCGACCCAAUUAAUAAUAUCGUUCGUUCAAUUUAUGUUAAUAUUAUACUGUGUAAUACCUGUUGGAGCGGCAUGUCUCUUACCUUGGGAAGUUUCCCAGCAGCUAACAAUCCAUAUUCAUCAUUUAAACAAUAUGUUUAACAAUAUUUUCGAGACAGAUAAUAAAGAAGAGCAACGAAGAAGACUAAGUAUAUGGAUUAAAUAUAAUCUUCGUAUCAUUAGAAUUACGUGUAAAUUAAAUAGACUUACAAAGGGAUGUGUCGGAAUAGUGUCUCUGGUAGUCAGCAUAGUUCUUGCAUUAACCGCAAAUCAGUUAAUGAGCUGGAACAGACCGCUCGCUGCAUUUAUGCAUAUUUCUGGAUGGCUUUGCUCUUUAACGGCAAAUUGCAUUACGGGCCAACAAAUCAUUAACCAGACACAGUGCAUUACAAAAAAUAUAGUUUGCUCGAAAUGGUACACGGCUGAUCUACGUGUUAAGAAAGAUAUUCUCUUCGUAUUAUUAAAUAGUCAAAGAUCUUUUAGGCUUACUGCACUACCAUUUGGAACUUUAAAUAUGGAACUGUUGUUACUGAUCAUAAAAUCAUCAUAUUCUUAUAUGACACUACUGAAAAAUGUAACCUAGUAUCUCAAGAUGUUCUUAGCUAUCUUAGAGAAAACCAUUGAGUAGUGUACUGAACAAAAAAUGAGUAUAGAUUAAAAACGCAGCAAAUUGUUAUGACAGUAUUACAGUAUUUAAU